CUAUGAGUUUGUGAAGUACCUUAGACAAUAUAUAAAUAAUACAGUGGGAUCUGUGAUUGAAGAAGAAACAGAAAAAUGUACUUCUGCUCAAAAUCAGGGUGAAGUGUCUGGCUAUGACACACUCGUUCAACACGUUACUAGGAAGAUCCGUGAAUCAGAAGAAUACAGAGAAAUGAUGCAUGCCUUGAAGAAUAUCAUGAUGGUUGUGGUAGAAUCUUUGAUUAACAAGUUUGAAGAAGAUCGGAUGCAUAAUAAGGAGCUGGAUAGUAAAACAAAGAAAGAACGUCAGAGUGGCUCUUAUGCAGACAACUGUUCUGACAGUGACUCUUCGUUCAACCAAAGUUAUAUGUUCAUGAGCCCAGAACAAUUGCAGCUGCUUGUAGAAAGGCUUGACCCUAAUCAGCCGAAGGAAGUUCGGCAGGAAGCAGUGCAGACUCUGAGCUUUGCCCCCCUCUCUGAUGUGCUGAACUCUGAGAGUUGGCCGAGUCUGCGCAAGCUCCUGACGGUGUCUCUGUCAGAUCCUGAUGCAACUAUCAGUGAGAAAAUUCUUAGGUUCUAUGCAAAAACCUUUUCCUCUUCUCCAUUUAAUAUGACAAGAGAAGUCUAUACAAGUUUAGCAAGACACUUGGAGUUGUACUUUCUUUCUGGAGAAUAUUCUCUUCGUAUUUCGGCUGGUCUGGAUGUAUCAGACCCAGAUGUAAAUUGUUUACUUAAAAAGGUCCGCCUUUUAAAUGAAUACCAAAAGGAUGCUCCAUCUUCCUGGAUUCGUCAUCCAGAAAAGUACAUGGAAGAAGUAGUGGAGAGUACCUUGUCACUUUUGUCAAUAAAGCCUGAGCCUAAUCAUCCUGACCCUUCAGAUUUUUUGAGUCCCAUCUACUUCUUGGGUCUGCUAGACAUCAAAGCAGUAUGGUUUAAAAAGUGGACGCAUGGGUAUUACAGCAGAACAGUGGUACUUAGGCUUUUGGAAAAGAAAUAUAAGUCUUUGAUUAAUGCAGCUGUCCAGCAAUGCCUUGAUUAUUUUGAAUUUUGCAAGGCAGCAGUUAAUAAAAAUUCCAGAGUCAAUGAGCUCUCCCAACAGCAUUGCAGUGAUAAACAGAUCUUUUCUUACACUGGACCAGAACUGCAGUAUGUCUAUUUUGUUCAUUCACUGUGCCUUUUAGGAAGAUUGCUGAUCUAUAAGCAAGGCCGCAGUCUCUUCCCUGUACAACUGAAAAAUAAAAAAGAUAGAGUUUCCAUAACCGACCUGUUGGUAUUAUUGACUCAGCUUAUUUAUUACUCUCCAAGUUACCCAAAGACUGCUUUGGCAGCACAUACAGACAAUUAUUCUCCAGCAAGCCUUGUUAUGGAGAUUCUGCAAGUUUUUUGUGAUCAAACAGGAUGUGCUGCUGAAUGUCUGUAUACGGAUGCAGUGAUAGAUGCCCUGCUUCAUCCUGUUCAAAGUUUACUGAGUGGCACAGAGGUGAAUAUAAAUUGUCUCGAAACCACUUUAGUUGAUGUAGCUGAUAUUUUGGCAAAGAUUGCUGCUGUAGAAGAUGGUCUUUCUGUUCUUCUUUAUGGAGAAAAUGCAAAGAAUGCCAAACAAAAUAGUCCUACAGCUGUUCAUGUCAUUGUUCAGUUUACAAAGAAACUUCUUCACGACGACGUUUCUCUUUUAUCUGGAUCCGAGCUGUUGCCCAUUGUUAAAGGAGCUUUCAUUUUUGUGUGUCGUCAGAUGUACAGAACUUGUGAAGGCCUGCAGAUGCUAAUUCCUUAUGGCUUGCAUGAAUCUAUUGGAGAGGCCUGGAAAAAGGUAAAUCUUGUUUUGCCUUGGGACGAUUGGCAAAAAAUCUUACUAUACAAGGUUCAACUUAU